GAAUACUGGUGAGGUCCUUGCGGCUCAAGCUCGCAGGGCUCGUAGGAAGCAGGGCGGCUGAUGCCUGGGCCACAUGCAGGCUGUUGGAGGUGCCAUGCGCUUGGGCUCAGAGAGCGAUUCGGAGCCGGGCCUGUGCGACUGCCUCGUAGAGCGGUCGCCACGCUUGCUCCAGCGAGGCAUGCCACGGUCUCGCACAAGAGCCGCUUUCAGGAUAAAGCACUGUGGUCUCAGUGGCUGCGAGCAGUUUGUUCGAAGUGACGUCUUUCAUUAUAUGGCAAACAUGCCUCUUCGAUGGCUGCUGCCCAUCUACACGCUGUUUUACCUUUUUGGUUGGGUUGUGUUUGCCUUCUGGUGGCAGCUGGCGGCUGAUGGUUGUGAGCCAAAGAAGCUGACCUUCCGCCGCUCUUUCAUGCUCUCCCUGGAAACUAUGACUACGAUCGGAUACGGUGUGGCAGAUCCGUUCUUUGAUGACUGCCCCGAAGUUAUACCCCUACUAAUUGUGCAGUCGCUGGUCGGGCUUUUGAUGGAUGCCAUUUUCUUGAAUUUGAUAUACACGCGCUUCUCCACCGCCUUCACACGGGCGUCGAGCAUAAUCUUCAGUGACAAAAUCAUCGCCUACUCGGAGGACGGCUUUGUAAAGAUCUGCUUCCGGAUCUGCGAGGUUGCGAAGCGCCCGCUCAUUGAACCCUUGGUACGGAUGUAUGCUCUCAAGCAUGCGACAGACGCGCUUGACAAUACCGAGGUGGAUGUUGUCCAGAUGCGGCUGGAACAGCCAUGCGGAGACAUUGCCGACGGCAAGCUUUUUCUGUCCUUGCCUGCGAAAGUCAUCCACCGUGUAAAUACAGAAAGUCCCCUGAGCCAGGCCACAGAUGUUGGCAGCUUGGAGAAUUUCCUUGACUGCUUGCAGUCCCUGGAUUUUGUAGAAGUGAUUGCCAUUGUCAGCGGGACCUGCCCAAUUACAGGAAGCAGCCUUGAAGCACGUCAGUCAUACACUCUCAGCGACAUACAGUAUGACUGUGCCUUUGCGCCCUGCGUGGCUAUUCGGGAUGGCACGCACCGGGUGGACUUCACGCGUUUCCAUGAGACAGUGCCAGACAUUAAAUUUGCGUUGAUUGGGCUUCGCUGUGCUGAGGCUAUCCCUGCGGCUGUUGGCAUGAGGGUUUGGCAGUGGUCACGGUUGCAACAGCGCCCAAACCUGCGCAAUCAGCAGAAGGAUGGCCACAAACGGAUUCAGCAUUCAUUACUUUUUCUCGCUGGAAACAUCUUGCAAGCGGACGGUGAGUGA